AUCCGCAGGGACCACACACACACACAGAAUACACACAGAUACACCACACCCUCCCUCACCCACGCACAGUCGGCCUCCCAUCUGCACAUACAUGGCAUGGCGAUUCCCUAUGGUGGGCUAAGAAGAUUGAUGCGUCUUCUCACUCUCUCUCUCGCUGCCACUAUUUUCCCCUUUUCCUCAUCUUCAUUUUCCCGCAAUUCCUUUUUUAUUUAUUUAUAUAAUCCGCCUUCUCCUCUAGCCAUCCCCGUCUCUCGGCCUUUUCCUCUCUCCAGGGUCUCGCAUACGGGCCUCGAUAACCGGCCGGGGGGUGGUUGACCCGGCCUCUUGAUUCACUCUCACAUUCAUUGCACCCCAUUACUGAAUGCAACCUAUCUCACGUACAUGC